AUGGCCAUGACCAACAACAGUAACGGGAGCCACGGCGGCGGUCCUAUGCCGGAGGAGUUUGCUAUUUCGCCUUGGCCCGACUUCACGCAUGAAGAUAUGGUCCUGAUCGACGUAGAGGCACAGGUGGACACGAGUCCUACCAUAGUCUUCGACCGCCAAGACGAGUCGAGACCCGCAGACAAGUUGUCGAAGCUGGACGGACCGUCAAGUGACACCUAUGUCGAUGACGAUUGCCGUCUAGGGCCAGCGGCUGCGGGUGACGCAGCAUACCACCAGCUGGUACAACUCGUGAAUAUACAAUCCAAGCUCCUGGCGUUGGGAAAAUCGGUAUGCGAAGCCUCCGACAGCCUCGUGGCCAUUGAAGAAGUGUGCAUGGUCAGCGAGAGUCUGGUGGCACAGUUCCAGACGAUGCAACUUGGCGGCGAAGACCAGGACCCCACAAAUAUAGAACUGGCUGCUAGUCCGCCGUCCUCGCCGGAGCAUAAACAGGCCAGGGCGGAGCAGACGGCCAUCUUACUGCUAUCAACCUGCUACCUCACUCUUAUCGACAUAUUCGAAACACUAAUCACCCAACUACAAAACCAGCGCAAGCAAAGCCAGCUUAGCGCCGAGGAGGAUAAGCUGGGGGACUACGCGGGCAGCGGCGCCCACAAAAGUUUGAUGAGGAUUGGGUCCAUCCGGGUGCCGAUGCAUCACCAAGCCGCCGUCGAGAUCCACCUGCACCUGGUCUUCCGCGUGCUCGACGGCCUCGCCAAUAGUUUGAAGAUCCGCGUCCAAUCGCCAUCCGACGGGAAAAAUGCGCAGGGUAUUGCGGGUUUGGCGAGUAAGGCCGUGCUCUACCUACGGCGGCUAGAGGAGAGCAUGGCUGAAAGAGCGAAUAAGGCCAGGUUUGUUCUCGGGUAG